AUGGGGGCUUCCCGGCAGCUCCUGCGCGCAGUGAUCCUGGGCUCUCCAGGCUCCGGCAAACACACCCUGUCAUUGCGCAUCACCAAACACUUCCAGCUCAAGAGGCUCUCCAGCGGGGACCUGCUCCGAGACAAUGUGCUGAGGGACACAGAAAUUGGUGUGCUGGCCAACGAUUUCAUGAGCCAGGGGAAGCUCAUCCCGGAUGACCUUAUGACGCAUCUGACACUUCAGGAGUUGAAAAAUCUGACUCAGUAUAGCUGGCUGUUAUGUGGUUUCCCUAGGACUCUCCCACAAGCCAAAGCCCUCGAUAGAGUUCACCAGAUACACCUGGUGAUUAACCUGAAUGUGCCCUUUGAGGUCAUCAUGCAACGCCUCGCUGCCCGCUGGGUGCAUCCAGCCAGUGGUCGCGUCUACAACCUUGAAUUCAACCCUCCCAAAGUGGACGGUAUGGAUGAUCUGACUGGAGAGCCUCUCGUUAAGCGUGAGGAUGAUAGACCAGUGACACUUAUCAAGAGACUGAAGGCUUACGAAGACCACACAAAACCUGUUCUGGAACAUUACCAGAAAAAGGGGGUGUUGGAAACAUUCUCUGGAAGAGAAACCAACAAGCUCUGGCCCUAUAUACAUGCUUGCAUGCAAACAAAACUUACGCAAAAAUGCCAGCAUCCCCAUGAGGAAAAAUGCUUGUAA